CUUUCCCUUUCUUUUUCUCAACUUUCUUGCAGUUCUCCAUAGUGGUUCAUACAGCAGUGUAUCAAACUCUGACUUUUGUUUUCUGGGUUUCUGGGGUUUUUCCUCUUGUUAUUCUGUCUCUCACAGCUACAAUAAACCUACCGUUAAAAUUAUGGACUGGUCAUUUCUUUGUCAGAGGGGAAACGGGCAAUUUUAGCAGGGGAUCAAAUACUUCCCCCCCCUCACUGUAUCAAUGAAUGUAAUGUCAGAGGAACAAUGGCCGCGGUUGCUAGGUUGCUAAGGUCAUUGUGACACACCUUACACGCCUCAUGAACGUGUCAGGUGAGCAAAGGUGAUUUGGCAAGAGAGAAGCAUCAUGCUUCUGUUGGCCAUUUUGUGACCGCUUCUAACAUUUCUGUAUUGAGACAGAGAGAGAGAGUGUGUGACUGAGUGUGUGAGGGGGGGAAAUGUAAGUUGGAUUUCUUAGCUGAUUCUGCCUUCUGGUUCCAGCUUUGUCUAGGGCAGUCUGAGGGGAGCUCCUUUCUCCCCAGGCAAUGCAGCAUAGCUAGCGAUAGCAAAUAGUCAAUAAUCCUAACCAUGGUUACCACCACAGUGCCUUCCAUAUGUCCUUGGACUCCAACUGCCAUCAUCCCCAGCCAGCACAACCAGGGAUGAUGGGAGUUGUAGUCCAACAGUGUAUUAGCUCCCCCCUGCCCUGAUCUAAACCUUCAAGCACUUCCUUCACAAGAUAGCCUAUUUGCCUAUGAUAGCAAGCACAUGUGGCCCCAGUUCAGUCCAGGCGUGUUGAGUAGGAGGACACUGCCAGCCUAUCUUCUCCCACUCUGUUUUAGGCUGUCAAAGCUGCAGAAGCUGUUUUCAAAGAGCAACUCCAAACAAGAUCUGGGGAAAGGAGGAAGCGACAGCCAGGAUGCUGCAGCUUCAUCGAAUGCCAAGCCCCAGGACCGGAGGUUUGAACAUUUCUAUAGCCAUAAGGAAAGCAGUGCGGGCGAAGUUGCAUUCUCUUCCCUUCCCAAGCUGAAAUGGUUCCAUCUGUCCAGGAGAAAGAACUCUAUCACGCUGAGGAAUUGGGAUAAACUAAGCACGUUCUGGAGCUGCUGUGGAACCCAAAAGGUCUGGUCCCAAGAAUGUAAGGUUCUGGAACCUAAGGAAGAGUCAAGGAGCUUGUCCACGGUUUUAGAUUCAACAUCAACAAGCCUCAACCAUUUCUCCACCUCCUCUGUCUUUUCAUCUACUUCCAACGGGUCAGAUGUGAAUGACAGCAUUGAACUUGAUGGUGAUGCCGUCAACAUCAUCCUCAAGCGCAUGGAGGAGGAAGACAAGAGCAAACAGGAUGAAAACGGGGACAUUAGUUUCCUCAGCGCCAUCUCCGCUUUAUGCAUCGCUACACAGCAUAAACGACGGAACAAACUGAAACUUCUGUACACCAAAGACGAAUUAACAGAGGCUGUCGUGGUGGUGAUGGAGAAACUCCCGGUUCACUCUGUGCCCACAUCAGUUCUACCCUGCUGCAUGGUGGCCAUUUACAACUUGAGUAAAAUCAAGCCUCCACUUGAUCCAGAACUGGAGUCGUGUGUCUUGCGGUUGGCUAUGCAUGGGGUUUUCACGAUGGACAUUGGGACUGGGGACGCCACCAAACAGGCGCUGUAUAGAACAACUUCAGCGACACUCGAAAUCCUGCUCAGGUCAUUAUUAGCAGAGGAUCCGACCACCAAGCAUCUGCUGAGGAUCUUAAAACACAUCCAUUUUUGGAUACACGCGAAAUACAAAGUGGAGAGAAUCAGAGCUAUCAAAAGCAGUGCUGCGCUCCUGCGUUUUGCUGUCCUUAUGCCAGAUUUUGAUGCUACCUGCAAACUCCCAGAACUGGGGCACCAUGUGGCAGAGCUGGCAAUUUGUAUUGGGGACCCCCAAGCAGCAGUCAGCCGACAUGCCAAGGAGAGUAUCUUCCGUCUCUACGAGCUGCUCCUGCACCAGAAAGUUUCCCCAUCCCUGCCCCAAACCUUUAAGUAUGGAACGACAAAGCUUUUAACUCCUGGUGUCUUACUGUCAGGGAUACGCAUGAAUAAUGCCGAAGAACUCUGGUGCAGGAGGUACCAAGAAGAGAAGAAGAUGCUCUCUUACAUAAACAUGAUGAAAGUUGGAGAGGUGUUUGGGACAUUCUUCAAUGAACAACAAAGAAGAUCCUUUCUAAGAACAGCUUUGUUAGCUAUUUAUAGUCCGGACCGGAGGGUCAGUGAAGCAGGGAUCCUCCUUGUUUAUUCUAUCCUUGGGAAUGCAGAAGAACUAAUGGAUGUGGAGGAAAAACAAGUAAAGAAAAAAAUAUGGCAUCAGCUCCACAAAUUUCGAGUUUGCAAUGAGUUGCCUGUGGCGGUACAAAGCCUCUCUGCAAGCAAAGGUGGCUAUGUGGGGCCAGAGCUUUUGGGUUUCACAGGAUCUCCAGAGCUCGCUUAAAAGAAAAAAAACAUUUCCCCUAUUUUCCACGGAGAUGGAUUUUCUUCCCUCUGGACAGAUGGAACAGCUUCCUUUUGGGAAGAGGACUUCGUGUAGUGGAGGAUGGGGACCAGACUAGAAUCAGCUGGCUCUGCCUUUCGUUGGGCUCUGGCGCCACCUACUGUCGGGCUCCUUGCCUUCCGCCCCAUCAGCUCCAAUGUGGCUUCCUGGCAGCAUUUUUCAUCACCACGCUGGCUGGGUAAAUGUAAUCCCACCAUCCCUCUGGGAAAGGGGGACACAUUUCUCUGCUUCUGUCCAGACCACCAGAAGGUGGCCCUCAAGAAAUGGCUGGAGGAGACUGGGACACACAGGGCUGAGAAGCGUAAAGCAGGACACUGUGUGGGUUUUCUCCUGCCCCUUAUUUUCAUUGCUUGCCUUGCUGAUUAACGCUAUCAUCCCCACCAUUCCUGUGCGAGAAGGGAAAGAAAGGGGACAGAUUGCUGUUUUCGGCUUAACUGCUGCAAGGAAUGAGUUGGAGGAGAAAGCAACAACAAAACAGAUUUGUUUCCCCCAGAAAAAUAAAGAUGGCAAGAAGACAUAUUUGAAAAGUAACAGGAGAUAUGGAAACAGAUUAACACUAGCAAAUACGAGGAACUUAAUGUCUCGGGAAUUUCAGAGUUUUGAAAAUUAUAUUUUAAAGCAAGAUACAGUCACAACGAUUAAUGCGGCAGAAAACAGAUUGGGUAGCAGACUGGCAAUAUUGGAGAAUCAAUUUAUAGUCCGGGAAUAAAUACGGAUAGUUUUUUUAAAAAGGAAAAUGUAACUGAAAAAGCAGUAGAAGACAGAAAACAUAAAUAUGGCUUUCACAAUUUUGGAAGAAGGAUGAGAUUUAUUAUACAAUCAUACAGAGGUGUUUGGGGGAGGGGAAAUAAGGAACAUUUUAAUUUCAGAGGUUUGAAUGAGAAAGCUGAAGAUGUAAAAGCAUAUUUGAAUGAGUUUUCUGCAGGAUAGUAGUCUCCAAGUAGAAAUGGUAAUUGAUGUGGUCUUCAGCACUAUUUCCAAAAUCUCUGAAUCACACUUGAUAGUUGUCAAGGUGAACUGAUUGUAAAUGAAGUUCCUUUUGCAGUGGAAAUUUGGGCAAUUUUUAAAUAAACUCAGUUUGAAUAUAUAUAUAUAUAUACAGUGGUGCCCCGCAAGACGAACGCCUCGCAAGACGGAAAACCCGCUAGACGAAAGGGUUUUCCGUCGCGG